AUGGGUCCAAUGAGGUCUGGACGGGUUGACGAAACUGGUUAUGAGAUAAAGAAGCGACAGCCUCAGAAACCAUCUGGGAUUCUCACAGGGCGUAAUCACUUCUAUGUUACCAAAAAAACUUCUAUCUCUUCCACGAUGAAACGUAUUGAAGAAAUGCUUCACAACAAAGAAACAGAGAUUUAUAUUCACGGAUUGGGUUCAUCGCUAAAUCGAGCAAUGGUUCUUGCACUUGAAGUGCAGAAAAAUUUUACUGAUGCUGUAUCCCUAAAUGUAACAACCUCUACCGUUAACGUGACUGACGACUUAUUUCCGCUAAGUGACGAAUUUGAAAUGGGUGUACGCUUAUUUUCAUGUGGGUCAUUGUUACGACGCUUGCCGGACAGCAAGUUCGAUGUAUUUGAUGCAUCUCCCGUUCCAUAUGGUCUUGUACGGUACGGAGUUGCACCAGAUCAUCAGGAGAUGAAAAAUUGCAUAAACAUUUUUGAUCGUAUGUUCGAGGCCAAUCGGGAUCGUCUCUCACUGUACUGCAAUGUGAGAAUAGGGUUUGACGUUGCAGUGGAAGAGUUAACGAAACAUUAUGACGCCAUCUUGCUUGCUUACGGUGCCCAUCGUCCGCGUCGUCUGGAUAUACCUGGAUCAAAAUCGAAAAAUGUCAUCUCGGGAUCAGAUUUUGUCUCAUGGUAUAAUGGAGUACCUAAUGCUAAGGCUCCCCUUCUAGAUGAUCCUAACGUGGUAAUCAUUGGAAACGGUAAUGUAGCGCUUGACUGUGCAAGAAUGUUGGCGACGGCGAAACAACUUGGAGCCACGGAUAUCCCGUCAGAUGUUCUUACUGCUCUUGAAGACUCAAAAGUGACCAAUAUCAAGAUCAUUGGACGAAGGGGACCUGAGAAUGUAUCUUUCACGAUCAAAGAGCUGCGGGAGCAGUUCAAGAUUCCUGAAUGGAACACAACAGUAGAAAUGGAUGAAGAACAGGUUAACAGCUUGAAGGAGGCAAUGCCAAGAAUGGAGAGGCGGAAGAAAAGGCUCAUGAAGGUACUUCUUGAUGGCGUAGGACCUGCGCAAGGAGAGAGGCAAUGUCGAUUUCUAAGUUUUAGAAUACCAAAAGAAAUUGUACCUGACGAAAAUGGCCGGGUUUCUGUCGUGAGGUUAUUAAAUAAACACACAGGAAAUGAAGAAGAAUUACCAUGUGGUCUCCUUAUUUAUAGUAUAGGAUAUCAGGCAGUUGUGCUAGAUGGAUUGCCAAAAAAUGAAAAGGGUAUGAUAGCUAUGAAAGAUGGUAGUAGAGUGGACAUGCCAUGUGGUUCUUUUGUUUAUGCGGCCGGAUGGUGUGCUCAUGGACCGCGAGGUGUUAUUGUUGACACGCAACAAGAAGCCAUAGCAGUGGCCGAUCAUAUUGCCGAGGAUGUAAUGUCCAGGAACGACAUUACUGGGACCCUUCGCGGAGUGCAACCAAUUCUGGAUGCUAGAGGAAUUAACUAUUUGACCUUUGAUGAAUGGAAGAAGAUCGAUGAAGAAGAAGUGAAGAAGGGAGCUGAAAAGGGAAAAGUGCGUGAGAAGAUGACAAAGUUCAAUGGAUUCCUACGCAAGCAUUCUCAAGUAGAGCGUGGAUAG